UACCUUUUGGUAAUAUGUUACUACAAAAUUUAAAAUGUUGUACUAUCAAAAGUAGAAAAAGGGAUCUAUCUAUCAACAGGAGUGGGUAUAAAUAAAGGAUAUCUUAUUAUAUUUCUUAAUCUUUUCCUUGUGGGGUUAUAAGGAUAUGUCUUAACCUUCACUCCUCUCCCUUCCUGUUCAUCAAGCCAAGGAAUCAGGAGCCUUUGUUCUUGUCCUUGAGAAGAAUCCUUUCUUAGUUCAGAGGUGAGAAUGAUACCAGGAAACGGGCAUGUAUCUGUACCACCAGGUUUCCGAUUCCAUCCAACGGAUGAGGAACUCCUCUACUAUUACCUAAGGAAAAAGGUCGCUUACGAAGCCAUUGACCUUGAUGUCAUCAGAGACGUUGAUCUCAACAAACUCGAACCUUGGGACCUCAAAGAUAAAUGUAGGAUCGGAUCAGGCCCCCAGAACGAGUGGUAUUUCUUCAGCCACAAAGACAAGAAGUAUCCAACCGGGACACGGACCAAUAGAGCGACGACAGCUGGCUUCUGGAAAGCCACUGGGAGGGAUAAGGCCAUCCACCUCAGUAAUGCAAAGAGAAUUGGCAUGAGAAAAACCCUAGUUUUCUACACUGGUAGAGCCCCUCAUGGCCAAAAGACGGAUUGGAUCAUGCACGAGUACCGUCUGGAUGACGAUAAUUCAGAUGUCCAGGAAGAAGGAUGGGUUGUUUGUAGGGUAUUCAAGAAGAAGAAUCUUCAAAGGGGUUUCCAACCUGAAGUAGGGCUUGAAGAAGAUCAAUUCAACCACUUCAACACAACUGAACCAGCUUCACUGAAUCAAAAACAGCAUUUCCAGACACACAACGAUUUCGGUUUCAACAAUUCCAUGCAUCUUCCACAGCUCCUGAGCCCUGAGUCUGCUGUUCUGCCGUUCUUGACGCCGAUUUCCUUGAACACCAUGGACAUUGAAUGCUCUCAGAAUCUGAUGAAGUUGACGUCUGGCAGCGGCGGCGGCAGCACCAGCGGCAACGGAUUCCUUCAACAAGAGAGGUUUCAUGGUGAUUGGUCUUUCUUGGACAAGCUCCUCGCUUCUCAUCAGAGCUUGGAGCAGCUAUGCCAGGUUAAAGUGGGCCACACAUCCCAUGCUGUGGAGAUGGGCUCCUCAGUUCAGAGAUUUCCACUUCAAUAUCUUGGAUGUGAAGCUGACAUUCCGAAAUUUUCUAAGUAAGAGGUUGCAAGGCUACUGGUUGU